AUUAUCAUACAUAAUUAUUCAUUGUGCAUUAUUAAUUACUUAUUACCGUUGUUGAAAAAGAGAAAUUUACUUAUUACUUAAAAAGAAAACUAACAAGACUUGCCACUUUUUACUUUACGCUUACACUAUACUUUGGUCUGUUUGUUGUUUCCCGAUAUCACCGCUACCACGACCAUGAGGCGUUUAACUCCGGUGAGAACCACCGGCGGUCUAGGCGUGGCCGCGAUAUCGUACGUGGCGGUGGACUACCUCCGCAACAUAUCCCCGACUUGGCAUGAGCGGCUGCAGCCAGCACUUUGGUCAAUACUCGCACUAAUAGCAAUCUCUCGUGUUCCUUUCUACAAGCACUGGUCCUCCGAGAUUCGCGCCGCUAUUCCAUUUGUCGGUUCAAUGCUUUUUAUGCUCUCUUGUCUUCUCUUUGAAGCUCUUUGUGUUCGCUUCUCCACCGCCGUUCUUGGCCUUGAUUGGCACCGUGGUACACCUCCUCUUCCUGACGCUGGCCAGUGGUUGCUCCUCUCACUGAAUGAGAAACUUCCUGAACCUUUGGUUGAGAUUCUGAGAGCUCAUAUUAUUGGACUGCACCAUUAUCUGAUGUUGUUUAUGAUACUGGCAUUCUCUGUACUGUUCGACUCUGUAGAAGCCCCUGGCCUUGGACUAGGAGCACGGUACAUGUUCACGAUGGCAAUUGGCCGUUUUCUUCGGGCUAUAACUUUUGUCUCCACAAUUCUUCCAUCUGCUCGACCUUGGUGUGCUGCAUCUCGGUUUUCAGUUCCAGCAUAUCCUCAUCAUUGGGCUCAAAAGUAUUAUGUCCCUUAUGCUUCAGAUGCUAAUGCUAUUCGUCAGAUUAUACAACAGGAUAUAGCCUAUGCUGAUACUGGUGAACUCCUGAGGGAUUACCGUCCCAAUUGGGGUUCAAUGAAUUUCCUGAUAGAUAUCUUACGACCGACUUCAAGAGGAUCAUGGUUCAGUCUACUGAAAAAAGCUGGAGGUGGCUGCAAUGACCUCAUAUACAGUGGCCACAUGCUUGUUGCUGUACUAACAGCUAUGGCUUGGACGGAAGCUUAUGGAGGUUUUAGCUCAGGCAUUAUAUGGCUGCUUGUACUGCACAGUGCACAGAGAGAAAUACGGGAACGCCACCAUUAUACUGUAGACUGUAUCGUGGCCAUAUAUGUAGGCAUCCUUCUCUGGAAGAUGACAGGUUGUAUCUGGCCAACUAAGAAUGGCACUAGAAGAAGAAAGGUCUCGAAGCUUGAGAAGAUUCAGCGUAGAUUAAUCCAAGCUGCAAAAGACUCGGACAUGGAAGAAGUGAGGGAGCUUCUUAAGGAGGUUGAAUUAAGCAAUCAGGAAACCCAGAACAAGGGCCAAAGCAAGUUUAUGUGGGUGUUUGCUUGUGUGACCAUUAUCUCAGCACUUGCGAUUGUUCUUCUAGCCUUCACAUUGACAAGCGACGGGUGAUCUCUUCCUAGUCCUUCUACACGAUUUUCUCUCAUGAGUCUGAAAGUUUGAAAAUGUAUUUGUAUGUGUUGUAACAUUGAUUACGUGUUGUUGUAGGGUUUGCCACUUAAUGGGGAAUGGUACCUGGAAAUUCUUGUAAUUCUUCCAGGAACCAGUUCCCAAAGCAACAGCGAAAGACAUUUUACCACAUUCACAAAAUGUCCAGUGGGUAAUGCUUAAAGUUUAGAUAGUUAUGGAGCUUUCGGUUUGCCCCUUUUCUGCUGGAAUAGUUUAAAGCCUUCUUCUUAGGGAUUUAAUGGAUGCUGUUCCAACAGUUGAAAUCUUUGUGACUUGUAUCUACCCAUGGAUGCUCAAAUUAUAGUCUGAAGAAUGAGGAAUUUCUUUUUUCUUUUUUCUUUUA